AUGUUUUACAAGUACUCCGGGUCGCCGGGGGAGCUUUUCACAGCGUUGCCACGGCCUACUCCGUUCGAGCCAGUAGUGGUCGAGCGAAAUGGUGUGGCUACUGCACUGCCAAAAGCAGCACCACCACCCGCUGAGCUGACUGAAGAGCUGCAGAAGGACAUGUCCGAUAUGCACAAAGAUGUGGAGGAUAUUUGUGAGCGACGCCGUCUACAGAAUAUGGCUCGUUCUAAUGGUACUCCGUGCAGCUUUACUAUCGGCGAUUUCGUUCUAUGGUCGCGCAUCGACUCUCGUUUCUCUGUCAACAAACUUCUGGCUCGUUGGGUGGGCCCAUUUGAAGUCGUGGAAGAGCAUCCACACGCCUACAUGAUCCGCCACCUCAUCACUGGACAACGCUAUAUGGUCCAUGAGUCGCGACUUAAGUUCUACUGUGAUGCAAGCUUAGGUGCAAGUGAAGAAAUGAAAGCACAUGUCGGCAACCAAGGCAUGGUCUUAGGUGUCGAGGAACUGAAGGCACACCGAAAGGGGCAGCAUGGAUGGCAGCUACUUGUAUCUUGGGUUGGGUUACAGGAGGAGGAAAGCUCGUGGGAAGCGCUCCAGAGUCUCUAUGAUGAUCUACCAGCUCGAGUUCGAGCGUAUGUGACCUCCAGUGAAGACCAUGCAUUGAUGAAGGCAUUCUCUGAAGUCGAUCAAAGUUUCAGAGCUUGA